CCGGGUGGAGCCUUAUCGGUGUCCAUAAGCGAUCCCCUCAACUCACACUCGGACACAGACGGGCGAGAGGCUCCGGCGCUCCCAUCAUGGCUGACAACGACAAGCUGGACAACCAGCGGCUGAAGAACUUCAAGAACAAAGGCCGCGACUUAGAGAGCAUGAGAAGACAGAGAAAUGAAGUUGUUGUGGAACUAAGAAAGAAUAAAAGAGACGAGCAUUUGUUGAAAAGGAGAAAUGUUCCCCAGGAAGAUGUCUGUGAGGACUCAGAUGUGGAUGCAGAAUUCAAAGUGCAAAACACCUCUUUGGAAGCAAUUGUGCAGAAUGCAUCUAGUGACCACCAAGGCAUUCAGCUUAGUGCUGUCCAGGCUGCAAGAAAACUUUUGUCCAGCGAUCGGAAUCCACCAAUUGAUGACUUGAUUAAAUCUGGAAUUUUACCCAUCUUGGUUCACUGCCUAGAAAGAGAUGACAACCCUUCUCUCCAGUUUGAAGCUGCUUGGGCUCUGACAAACAUUGCUUCAGGAACAUCUGAACAGACACAAGCAGUGGUCCAGUCACAUGCUGUUCCUCUUUUCUUGAGGCUUCUGCAUUCUCCUCAUCAGAAUGUAUGUGAGCAAGCUGUGUGGGCACUGGGAAAUAUAAUCGGUGAUGGGCCUCAGUGUCGGGAUUAUGUAAUCAGCCUUGGAGUGGUCAAGCCUUUGCUGUCAUUCAUCAGUCCCACUAUUCCCAUUACUUUCUUGAGAAAUGUCACCUGGGUAAUGGUAAAUCUGUGUCGCCAUAAAGAUCCUCCUCCACCUAUGGAAACCAUACAAGAGAUUCUUCCAGCGCUGUGUGUCCUUAUCCACCACACAGAUGUAAAUAUCCUGGUAGACACUGUGUGGGCUCUUUCCUAUUUAACGGAUGCUGGUAAUGAACAAAUUCAGAUGGUGAUUGACUCUGGAAUUGUGACAAACCUGGUUCCUCUUCUAAGUAACCCAGAGGUGAAAGUGCAGACUGCUGCUUUAAGGGCUGUAGGAAACAUUGUCACCGGCACGGAUGAACAGACGCAAGUUGUUUUGAACUGUGAUGCUCUGUGUCACUUCCCAGCCUUGCUUACUCACGUAAAGGAAAAGAUUAACAAGGAGGCAGUGUGGUUUUUGUCCAACAUUACUGCAGGAAACCAACAACAAGUUCAAGCUGUUAUUGAUGCCAACCUUGUGCCAAUGAUCAUUCAUCUAUUGGAUAAGGGUGAUUUUGGAACACAGAAGGAGGCUGCUUGGGCAAUAAGCAAUUUAACGAUCAGUGGAAGGAAAGAUCAAGUGGCAUAUCUCAUCCAACAGAAUGUAAUUCCUCCGUUCUGCAAUCUGUUGACUGUAAAAGAUGCCCAGGUCAUACAAGUAGUGUUGGACGGGUUAAGCAACAUAUUAAAAAUGGCGGAUGAUGAGGCUGAGACCAUAGCCAACCUUAUUGAAGAGUGUGGAGGUCUGGAAAAAAUUGAACAGCUGCAAAGCCAUGAGAAUGAAGAUAUCUACAAACUGGCUUUUGAAAUAAUUGACCAGUUUUUCUCAUCAGAUAUUGAUGAAGAUGCUAGCCUUGUUCCAGAGACAAUACAAGGUGGAACAUUCAAUUUCAAUUCGUCUGCCAAUGUGCCAGCAGAAGGGUUCCAUUUCUAGGAAGAUUUGUUGGAAGUUAGGUACAGUGCAGCACUGAAAACUGGUUUGAUCCAUCAAGCUUGGCUCAUGGGAUCUGCUGCUGCAUUAAAUCGGAGACAGAAAUGUGCGGACUUCAUUUGGAUGACAGUAAAGACCAAAUGAUGUCACGAUGGCGAGUGGGUGCGAGUGAGAAUGAAUGGCAAAUGUAAUGAAAACUUCACACCGAAUGCUUAUAUAGGUUGUGCAGAGGAAAAGGGCUACAGGUCAAAGAUCUUCAGUGCCUGAAAGGGAUCAUUGAUCUUACAGAGCAAAUGAGGAAAAUGCAGUACUCAUCAUCAAGCCUUGUAAGCAUAAAAAGAAACCUAAGGGUAGGAUGCCCACAUAAGUCCAAGGAGAAUAAGCCCAGGCCUUGCUAAGAAGCUCCGUAUGAAUGGACAGCAUUGAAUGAAUGUCUGGACACAGUGUUGUGGAGCCAGGCUCAUCUUACGAACGUGAGGCUAUUCACUCAUGAAGCAGACUCCCAGUCCAGGAGUGGCGUGUGUACGAGAGUAUGGGUGUGGUGCUGUAUGUUGACGCAUGCAAGCUUGAAUCGCCUUCAGGGGGAUGAUACUAAACCUAGAAAAUCACAAUAAGUUCAUAAGUGUUACCUUACACUGGACAUGAAAACAAAGACCAGUAUAGCAGCAGAUUUUGGUUUACUCCUACAGCCUGUGUGCUUUCUUUUUACUUUACCUCUUCUUUUUUCCCCCCCCUUUUUUUUUUUUUUAGUUUCUUUUAUUUUAGUUUCUAACUUGUAUGGCUUGUAAUUUUAAGUUGCUUAUACAUCAGAGUUGGAAAAGGCAACCCUGUGCAUUUGCACCAGAUAAUAUGGUUGUUAUGCAGCCUGUUCCAUAUCAUGAUAGCUGAUUUUUGUGUACAGGGAUUAGCAAAAAAGAACAGAAUUGUCCCUUUUUGUAAACAUUUUUUUUUCUCCCCCCUCAGUACAGGAGUUGCCGUACGUGAAAGUGUAGAGCGGCGUAACGAGUGGUUUGAACGAAGCAAUCCUUUCGUUCCUUUUCAAAUCUAACAAUCUAUUUUGCAUGUGGAAAUGGACAGCAUAGUUUAUUUCUAGAUCCAUUUUGUUCAGUCCUGUACAGAUUGUUUCAGUUUUGGUAGAAGCUGUGCUGUAUUCCAACCCUAUUUGUUUUCAGACGUUUGUUUUCUAUGAAAAUGAUAUGGAAACCCACAAUGGUAUUUGGUGCAUAUGUACUGCUACAUUCAGACAAUGAAGAGGUGUGAUUAUCUGUAUAAACUGAUUCAUGCUUUCACCACCUUUACUCUGCCUAGGCAGUCUGUUUUAGAAUCGUUUUAUCUUUAGAUGUAGGCAGCCAUGAACAAUCUAUUUUGAGCCACUUUAGGGAGAAGAACUUUGUAAUUUUUUAAAACUUGCAUUGGCCAUACGGAUGCAAGUGUCGUUUUUUUUUAAUUGGCAGAAUGCCUCUUUCGGAGGUGAUGCACACUAAAUUAAAAGCAACAUAAAUGUAUUUGUAUAAAUAGCAGAACUCCUUUUAUAAGGUGGCUCAUUGUAGGAAUUGCUGUGCCUUCCCCUUGAGCACAAGUGUUGCAUGAACAACAAGUUGCUAUAAUAAAACAUACCAAGUUAGCUACCAUGAGCAUCAAUAUCUUUUUUUUUUUGUGUUUAAAGUUAACUGGUAAUUCUGAAACACUGUAGAAUGGAUACAAAUUAUUUUGUGAUUAUAACUUUGUUGGAUUAGAAUAUUUUUGCAGCAUUCCUUGUCAUCUGAAACAUGGUUUAAAGUUUAAAACUAGAUACGAAAAAAAGAAUCAGCUUGUAUAAUAUAGUAGAAGACGAGCUAGGCUGUCAUGGGGAAAUAAAGAGUAAUCCUUACGA